AUCCUCCACGUCCACGCGACCACUCGCUUAUUCCUGCCCAGGCAAAUAUUCCAUUUAUUACCACCACUUAUAUUAAUCCCGAUCCGAUAAAUGUUCGACGAAAAGCCUACAAGAAACCCUCACCCUCCCUCCUCUCCCUUUCCCGGCUCCACUCCAUCGAAGCCCUUCUAUCGACCGCCAACGCUUCGAUAGGACUUUGAGAGAUCAAGACACGGAAUCCGAGAGAGAUAUUAUUUCAUCGGAAUCGGAAUGCCAACGGCGGCGACCGUCCCCACCACCGCCCUCCUCUGGCGUCACCCUGCCGCCGCCACACUCCCCUCGCCUUCCCCCUUUGCCCCCGCCCACCCCGUGAUCCGUGCCUCCGGGCAACCGGCGGCGUUGUUCCGGAGAAGAAUCUCUUGCCAGGUCGCCAUCACUACCGACGCUUCUUCCUCCUCGUCGCCAUCGGUGGAGGAGGAGGAGGCGGAGGCGUUGGCCAAGAUCGGGCGGAGGGUCCGGGUGAAGGUGCCGCUGAAGGUCUACCAUGUCCUCAAGGCCCCCGAGCUGGAUUUGAACGGGAUGGAGGGGGAGAUCAAGCAGUACGUGGCGUUGUGGAAGGGGAAGCGGAUCUCCGCCAAUCUUCCCUUCAAGAUCGAGUUCCACGUCGCCGUCGAGGGCCAGCCGAAGCCCGUCAAGUUCUUCGCCCACCUUAAGGAGGACGAGUUCGAGUACCUCCCGUAAUCCGAUUGACCUAAAUUGUGUAAUUUGAUGUAAAGACUCCAGAUUUCAGACAGUCUUUUGGAUGGAAUUAUUGAGUAUCCAUCGCCUUCUCUUCUUUCCCAAGAACUUCUAUUGAUAUCAUAACAGCAACAUGAUGGUUGUAAAUUGAUUAAUAAAUAGAUGAGAAGGGAAGAAGGCACCUUAUAGUUCUGCCACCAAGUAAGUUUCUUGUCAUUUCUUCCUUCUGUUUCUGCUGUUGUUGUCAAUUUGAGUUACUGCUUGAAAAAAGUUGAACGAGUUUUGUUGUAUAAUCAGAUAUAUACCUUUAAAGGAAUAUGUUUCUUGCCUA